AUGCAGGAAUUCUUCCUGAUCGGUAAGGGCAAGACCAAACCCUUUCCAUUAAUGGUAGAUAUUAAAGGCUGUACCCAGGUACCCUGCGAUGUUUAUAAAGGCUUGAACACCGUGGUACAGGUGCACUUCGUAAGCAGCAAGGCCAAUAUUCAUACGUUGACUGCCAUAGUUACGCCACAGCUUUGGGUUAUCCUCACAGAGGAUAUUGUUUAUGAUUUCCAAUUUAAUGUCGAUCAUUAUUAUCCUGAAAUUCCAGCCACAAUGCAACUGAAUCUAGUCGAUAAAGAUAAUGAAGUAAUCACCUGCUUUAGUGCGAGUAUUCGAGUGCGUAAGGGAACUGCCGCUAAUAGCGUUAAUGACUGUUUUAUGCUUAGAGUAGAUGUGAAUUGA